AUGGAUAAGGAUGAUGAUUUUUUAGAUAGUUUUGAAAAUAAUUUAUCAAAUCAAUCAAAUGAUAUUAUAAAAAAUACUAACAAUUGGCAAGAAGUGGAUGAAAAAACACUUCAAAGACAAAUUGAAUUAAAUCAAUAUUUCUCUCGUAAUCCUACUUCACUAAUUCAGCUUAAUUCAUUAACAUCAAAUAAUCAAACUAUUAGGCCAAGUAUUUUAAGACAAUAUGUUCAUUCUACUAUUUCCAAUGCUAAAAGUUUUGAUGAGUUGUAUAAUGGGUUGGAUAUAUUAAAUACAAAACUUAUCCAGCAUGGGUUGGUUACAAGUAUCAUACCUAAUAUUGAUACUCCUGAUGGUUUCAAAUUACCAUCUGCUGGAACUUCUACAAUCUCUACAUAUUUCCCUACUCUCCCCCAGUCUUUUUCAAAUAUGGGAUCAAAUCAGUCAUCAAUAGUUGAUUUGAAUGUAAAUUUAAAUAUAACACCAAUUAAAAAAUUCCUUGCGAAGACCGGUACUAAUAUUGGGAAUUCUGAAGGGGAUGGAUAUCUACAAUUUCAAUUGAGAAACAUAUUUGGUGGUGGUGAACAAUUAAAUUUCAAUUUUUCUAAAGGUACAAAGAUUCAUUCAUCGUAUAAUUUAAAUUAUUUUCAACCAAUUACACCGGAUUGGUUAUUUAAGGCAUCUUUAUUUAAAAAUUCAGUUCAAGUCGGGGCACCAAUUGAUUUAUUAUCUCAAGGUAUUAGAUUGUCAGCAUCAAGCAAUUUUUUAAGUAAUACGAAAACACUUGUCAAUCAUGAAUUUUCUACAGAUCAUUACCUCCGAACUACUAAGAUACGAAUGAAUUCCGUAUCAGACACUUUACUAUUUCAAGCUGGUAAUGAUUUUAUUUCUAAACUAGGAUAUUCUUGUACUUUUGACAGCAGAGAUCAUCCAAUUGUUUCUUCAAGGGGUACUUUAAUAAAACUAGGAAAUGAAUUUGCCCCUGAUAGAUUUUUUAAAACAAAUUUAGAAAUUGUUAAAAAUAAAAGUUUCUUUAGGGAUGAUUUUAUUACUAUGGCUUGUACUUUUAAAACAGGAUAUAUACAUAAUUUUUUCCCUAAUUCUAAAGCAAUUCAUAGGAAUGAUAAAUUUCAAAAUGGUGGUGCUAAUGAUAUUCGAGGUUUCCAAUUCAUGGGGUUAGGACCUAAAGAUCGUUUUGAUUCAGUUGGUGGUGAUGCUUUUAUUUCAUAUGGUUUUAGUGUAAUGAAUAAAAUCCCAAUUUGGAAAUUUUAUGAUUCAAAUUUCCGUUUCCAUUGGUUUGUAAAUGGCGGGAAAUUAAUUAAUAGUAAUGGUAAAGGCUUAUUAAAUACCUUUAAUGAUUUAAGUAAACAAAAUUCCAUGUCAGUAGGUAUGGGUAUUGUAUUUAGACAUCCCAUGGCGAGAUUUGAAUUGAAUUUUGCAAUACCUGUUGUUACUCAUUCAGGUGAUAUUACAAGAAAGGGCUUUCAAUACGGAAUUGGUCUAUCGUUUUUAUAA